AUGAACUUUGCUGCGCGGCGUCCCAUGCCGAUCCCGAACGGUCAUGCGCCUGUGAUGGAAAAGAACUCAUCUCAAUCUCCCGUGGACUUGCCUACACCACCGGACGAUGUCACCCUGAGUGAGAAUGCGUCCAUUGUGCGAAAUGAUAUCAUGUAUGGAACGCGCAAGAAUCCGUUGCUCUAUACACCCGCAUAUCGUGCUGAGUUGCCCAGGUAUACGCCCAUGUCUUAUCCGAACACACGUUCCUAUGGCGUCGGCUUGUCAUCUGCAUUCCAACUUUCAGCAGAACGACAGAAUGUCUCACCCGCUGCCACGGAAGAUGCAUCAUUUGACAACGACAUGUCUGUGGACGACGUUUUCGCUGUCUCAAAUAAGGCAGAUCACCGCAGAUCGCGAGCAACUCAUGUGCAGGGCCUGGGGAUCGACGACGUGAGUCCAGGCCUUGUGCCGCUCCUCGAGAAUGAUGACGUCGUCCCGUCGAUCGAUCAAAGCAUGGCUCGUUCUAUGCCUGAUUCAUUAGCGCUUUCGCCAUCAUCGCGACGAUCAUCUUCGCUCGUGCGCACACCAAGCACAAGCUCUCGUCGUGUGCCAUACAAUGUGCCAUCUCGAUCACCAGGCUCCUUAAAUGGUCCUUUGAGUCAAGCGUAUGCCAUGAGCAUGAAGCCCUCAUCAAGCUCACGUUCGAUGCGACGGCCUUCUUGGUCACCAUAUUCACGUCCACUGAUGAUAACGCGAAUGGGCACAUCUAUGCCGGCCACAUCGUAUGCCAUGUAUUCGACAUAUGAUGACGACGAAACGGACGACGAAAUGACUGGUGUUGACGAUGAUGGAACAGACGACGAAACGGAUAUGAUUCCAGCGUCCAAAUUCAGGCAAAAUACGCGACUCUUCGGCCAGCCAACUAUGCACUCGUCAUCCUCAUCAUUAGCGCGGUCAUUGCCCAUAAGUCAUGUGCCAUCGUUCUUACCGCGGUCAGCACCGGACGAUACAUCUCGAUCCCAGGUACACAUGGCUGCCGCAGCACUGGAUCGCCUUUCGAUGACUUCAACGUCAUAUGAUGACGAUAAGCAGCGAGCAUUACGUGUGCCAACGGUUGACGAGACAGAUCAAGUUGCAGCCAUCCGUGACCGACUGGGCGGUGCUGCGAAUUGCUCGGCAUUUAUAUCCAAACUGUGGCACCUCAUGAUCAACCCCGACCUGUACGGCAAAUACAUUUACUGGAGUGAAGCAGGUGAUGCCAUUAUAAUUAACAGCGAGCCGGACGUGGCCGCUGAAUUUGCUGCAGAGAUACUGCCCAAGCUGUUCAAGCAUGGGAACAACGCCUCAUUUGUACGACAGCUCAACUUGUAUGGCUUCCAGCGUGUGUCAUCGUCACGACUCCUUGACGCAGCUGAGAUGCGUGCUGUGGCUGCAAGAACAGGCACCUCAGGUCACUACGGCACAUCAGCACCUUUCAACACAGCCAUGGAAUUGUAUGGGGUCCAUUCCAGCUUUGCUCACCCGCGCUUCCGACGAGGCCAGGAAGCGUGGCUUGUAAGCAUGAAGCCACGCUCAUCCAAGAAACCUAAGAAGAAUUCUGCUGGACCCACGGAUGAGACAAAGUCACAGUCUAGUUUGUCGUAG